AUGACCAAACUGGCCCAUCGACUAGGGUUGUCUCCAGCACUCUCUUUCCACGAUGCAUACAGCUUGACUGACCCCGACUUGGUAGACAGCAACCGCUCACGCCACUACAACAAAGCCAAUGAGGCCGAAGCAGGCUAUGACGGCUCAGGCCCGGGAGAGCCCGUCAUGUUCUACCGCCAAAUAAUCCACCACGCCUGUGGCCUCAUUGGUCUCCUCCAUUGCACCACCAAUGGGACGGCAGCCGACUUCAUCCAGGAAGGGAGUGACCUCGACAUAUUGAUCAAGGACACGACUCCUCUUAAACCCGCUGAGCGAGCUCAGUUCCUUCAUGACUCGGAGAUGCUCGAGAUGGCUCACGCUGCAGCCGCUCAGUCCGGUGACAGCACAGCACCACCCUUGGGACAAGAUCCCGGCCAUGCUUUCAUUGCAUUCGUCAAGGGUAAGGACGGUCAUUUGUGGGAGUUGGAAGGCAGAAGAAAAGGGCCAGUCGAUCUUGGUCUGCUUGAGGAGGAUGAGGACGUAUUGAGUGACAAAGCGCUCAGCUUAGGACCCCUUCUGUUCCUCAAACGUGAAGAGGCGGCAGGUAGCGGCGAUGUCAGGUUCAGCUGUACUGUACUUGCUCCAAGCCUUGAUGAUUGA